ACGGUUGAGUUUACGAUUCAGUGCAGAAUCGAAGGCGCAGCGAAGUAGAACGUACGAAGACAACGAACGACGGCAUCGGCAUCGUGCUGAAAAUUACUGUGUGAAAAAUUAUUAAAUGAAAAUGCAGCGAGCCGAGUCUCUAGUGUGCCAGUGAACAAAUUAGGUUGAGAGCGCAGUGCUUAAGAAGUGCUAAGUCAAACAGUUGUAGUGCAAAAACAAAAAAAAAACUAAAUAUAUAAAUAACAAAAAAUAAAACAAACAAACUGCAGUCAGCUGACAAGUCAGAGCCAGAGUACACGAUUUGCUGGUGUUGGUGUUGAAAAGGCGACACACAGAGAUUGGAUUUGCGCAGCUUUACGGCGCCAUGGAGUUCACAAGACAUUUGAGUUUAUUGGCGUUGGCCCUGUUCGCAGUGUUGGCGCUUUAUGGACGCUCUGCGGAUGCCUGUAUGUGCAUGCCAUCGCAUCCACAGACGCAUUACUGCACGGCUGAUUAUGUUGUGCAGCUCAGAGUUCUCCGCAAGUCAAAUACCAUUGAGCCGGGCAAAACCACCUACAAAGUGCACAUAAAACGCACCUACAAGGCUACUCCGGAAGCACGCAAAAUGUUGCGUGACGGUCGCCUGUCGACUCCUAUUUUGGAUUCAAUGUGCGGCAUUAAGCUGGACCUUGGAAAGGUUUACAUAAUAGCUGGACGAUUGCCGCAUCUAACUGCGUGUGGCUACUACAAGCAGUACACCAAGAUGACAAUUGCCGAGCGUCACGGCUUUAGUGGUGCCUACAAAAUGGCAUGUAAUUGCACCGUGACGCCCUGCUUUGGUAUGAAUUGUCUACAGCAACGUGAGUACGCCGAUGGCUGCAAGUGGUCACCGUUCGGCAAAUGCGAGACAGAGUUCUCCUCCUGUGUGCCCCACAACCUUCGCACUCGCAACGGCGACAUUCAACGAUGUCGCUGGCGACGCACACAGCUGUACAAACAUUGUUUGAGGAAUCCAUAGAUCCUGCAGGAGUUGAAGAGACGCCCAAGUAAAGCAGGAGACUCGGGCUUUUGUUAUGCUACGGUUUUUUUUGUAAUUUUUUACUUGAGUUUUGUGUAGAGCUUUAAUUCGUACGUUAUGCUUAAUGUGUUAUUUAUUAAUGGAUGGCUUUUAGAUGUGACCACGAUUCAAUGUAGCUACUUAAUUAGUGAUUAGCCCUUAAUGUUUAGUACACUUACCAAAUCACGCGGAUUCGGAAAGAAUGUUUGCUCGAUCAGCGGAAAACCGUCGCGUCCCAAGCGACGCUGCAGUUGCAGCAAAUGCGAGAAGACCCAUGGUUUAUCCUAAGACAAGAAUAGAUUGCACAAUUAGUUCUAAUACAAACUCACUUGCUGACUCUCAACUCACCUGGAACUGGUAAAUGGAAUGCAAUGAAUUGAUGCUGGGUACUCCGCCAUAUUUAAGGCCCAGUAUGGUCGAUCGAUAAUCGCUGGAACCGUCACGUGGCGGUUGACGUAUCAACACGAAAUCCGGCCGGAAGGAACGGGCUACCUGUUUUUUGGUGUGAUAUUCCAAAAAUUAUAUUAGAAACAUAUAAAAA